AUGGAGCGGCACAGAAAGCGAGAGCUGCGUGAACUCAAUAUUCGCGCCUGGGAUGGCGACCAAGAUGUCUUUGCUGUCCAAGCCUCACUCGACUCGUCCAUGAAAAAGAAUACCGCCUUUAUCAAGCGCCUCCGAACCGCCAUCAACGCACCUGCCCAAGCCCAGUUCCUCCAAGAAAUUCGCGCCUUGUCCCUCCAUAAAUACCUCUCCGAAAUUAUUUCUGCCUGCUACGAAGGUCUGUGCAAACUCAAGACUCCAGGAGAGAUUGCCGCCGGCGUCGAAAUUGUUAGCGCUCUGCAUCAACGUUUUGGCCCCGCAGAAUUCACGGGAUACAUUGGCUGGUACAUAGGGAGGGGACUUGCGACCCCGGACAAGUCACACCUGAAAACCCUCGCGCAGGAUGUGCGCGAGCGAGAAGAGAAGGAGCGCCUGGCACGCCAGCGCGUGCUUCUACGUGUUGCUACAGAACUCUGGCUUGUGGGUGUCUUGAGAAGCCUGGAUGACGUAACCCGGCCCGAAGAAGCGAGCAAGGGCAAAGACAAUGGCAAGCUUGUUGAAGGCUCGACAAAGACAAAGUCUCGCGCAGAAAAUGCCGACGCCGAGCCUUUCCCGCUGGAAGUCUUGAAGGACAUGCUGGGACACGACCGCGAACACGUCAACUUGCCUUUGGUUGUCAUAUUUGUCAAGGCUUUUGCAUGGGAUAUACUCGGCACCAAACCACCUUCUACAGAGGGCCGCAAGACUGUCAAUGACGAUGGAACCACAGUGCCCGAAAAGAACGGUGACUUGUCUGGUGCCGAGGAAGAAGAUGAAGCCAGCAAAGACCCUUCACUCAUCUCUCCAGAACUGCAGCAGCGAUUCAAAAAUAUCCUCACCCGUUACUUCGAAGAUGUCAAAGCACAUCUCCUUCGCGAUCAGAAACACAUACUUAGCCAAGGCCGCAAGAAUGCCGAAGCAUAUGUCAAGUCUGGAGAGGUCUUUGAAGAUCGCCAGUCCAACUAUGAGAAGCAGAUGAAGUCGCAGGAAAAGCUCAUUGCAAACGCUCAAAUCUUGGCUGACGCGUUGAACGCAGAUAUGCCAGACUUGAAGGAAAAGGACGGCUCUGCGAACACGGGCGAUGGUUCAAUUGGCCUGAUCAAGGCCGGUGAAUACCUACGUGGCCAAAGCGACGGAGCUGGUAUCUGGGAAGAUGAGGAAGAACGCCGCUUUUACGAAAACCUAAUUGACUUGAAAGACCGUGUCCCUGGAAUUCUGCUUGAGGAAGUUAAGAAGAAGAAGGCUGAUGGUGAUGAGCAAGUUGGCAAGAAAAUUGAGCCCAAGACCGAGAGUCCCGAAAAAGAAGCACCCGACAACGCUGCUGAUGGUAAAGUGGCCGAUGGGGAUGACCAGUCUACUGCCAUUGCCAACAAAUCCGUUGGCGCACAGGUCGACGCUCUUUUGGCACGCUUACCAGAACUUGCAACCAAGGAUGCAGUAGACCAAACUGCAAUGGACUUUUGCUUCUUGAACUCCAAAGCUUCACGGAAUCGCCUCAUCAAGGCUGUUCAGGAAAUUCCAAAAGGACGGUCCGACCUGUUGCCUCUCUAUUCUAGACUGAUUGCAACACUGGGCAAGUACAUGUCUGAUGUCCCCCAAGGGCUGGUGUCCUACUUGGAUGAGGAAUUCAGAAGCCUGCAACGGCGCAAGUCCAAAGACUUUCUCGGACAAGUGCGUACACAGAAUGUUCGCUACCUCGCCGAGUUGACCAAGUUCGGUGUCGUUCCGGAGCACGUCAUUUUCCAUUGUCUCAAGGUCAGCUUGGACGACUUUUCACGCAUGAACAUUGAGAUUAUCUGCAACUUGCUGGAGAACUGUGGCCGGUAUUUACUCCGCAACCCGGAAACAUCUCCUCGCAUGGCUUCUUUCUUGGAAACUCUCCAGCGUAAAAAAGCAGCCCAGGUCAUCGGCCAGCAGGAGCGUAUGCUGAUUGAAAACGCCGUUUACUACGUGAACCCCCCACAACGUGCCGCAAUUGAACAGAAGGAACGUACCCCGAUUGAGCUUUUCCUUCGUAAGAUCAUGUACCAGGAUUUGACCCGUCGCUCGCUCGACAAAACUAUCAAGCAGAUUCGCAAGAUGCACUGGGAGGAAGAAGACGUAGUCAAUCUCCUUCACAAAGUGUUUGCAAAGCCAGGAAAGAUCAAGUACAGCAACAUUCAUCUUCUCGCCGUGAUGCUAGGAACUAUUCAUCGGUUCCAUCAAGACUUUGCCAUUUCUGUCGUCGAUGACCUGCUCGAAUCCAUCACCUUCGGAUUGGAGUUGAACGAUUUCAAAUUUAAUCAGCGGCGAAUCUCGGAAGUCAAGUAUCUUGGAGAGCUGUAUAUAUAUCGGCUUGUUGAUUCGCCUCUUGUAUUUGACACGCUCUACAAACUCUUGAACUACGGUUGGGAGGGCGGAUAUAUACGCCCUGGAGUUUACAACCCUCUCGAUCUUCCAGACGACUACUUCCGCAUCCGCUUGGUCUGUAACCUUCUGGAAACAUGUGGCAUGUACUACGAUAAAGGUGCUGCAAAGAAGAAGCUCGAUUUCUUCCUUACCUUUUUGCAGUACUACGUUUGCAUGAAGGAGGCCCUGCCCAUGGACGUAGAGUUCAUUGUUCAGGAUGCAUACAAUCUUGUUCGUCCGCAGUGGAAGAUGAUCACCGACCCAGAAGAAGCUUCACGUGCUUUUGCUGAAGCUGUCAAGCAAAACUAUCAGACAACAGCAACCGAUAAGCCUGUGGAGCCGGAUGAUGAUGAUGUUUCCGCAUCCGACGACGAGCUGGACGGCCCAGACGACGAGGAUGUUGAGAUGCCAGAAGGGGAAGGCGAUAAGUCAUCUGGUGAGGAAGAAGACGAGUCAGAAGAUGAUGAGCCCGUCAAGCAAGCUUCGUCCGACGAGGAAGAGGAACGCAUUGUCGUGACUCGCCAGGAAGAUGAACGCGACCCAGAGGCCGACGCCGAAUUCGACCGUGAGCUUGCUAAGCUCAUGUCUGAGAGCGCAGAGUCGCGCAAGCAUGAUCGAAAGCCUGUAUUUGAUGUGCCGUUACCCAUGCGGCGUGCCCGAGAGGCUCCAGUAAAUGCCGAAGACAGUGGAGGCGAAGCACCGGCUCCAGUUGCUCCACCUUCAUCGCAGACUAUGAAGUUUUCGCUGCUUAGCAAACGUGGCAAUCGCACGCAAACCCGAUCUAUUGACCUACCUUCAGAUUCAACUUUUGCUGUCGCCAUGCGCAACAAGCAACAAGCCGAUACAGAGGAACGACAGCGCAUCAAGAGCCUUGUUUUGAACUACAAUGAAGCUCGCGAGGAUGCCGACGAUACAACUGGUGAUUCACCAUUUCUUUACACCCUUCAGCCUAACACCAAUGGGAAGCAUACUAAAUCAUUUAAAGGUCUGGACAAGACUCCGAAUCCAUAUGCGCAGCCACGCCUUGACAAAGCUGGCACCAAUCGCAGCAACCAACGCGCAAGAAAGCUACAACUGUCAGACGUCAACUGGUAUGAUUCCUGCUCUUCCCCUCGAGAAAGUCGCCUUGGGUCUCGCACAACGUCUACUUUCGCACAUACUCUGCCAUCGGCGUUGGCAUCAAAGCGUUAA